AUGUCCUCCGCAGGGCCCACCACGACACUUGUCCUCGACGGGCAAGGUUCCCCAAACGCAUCUUCGUCCCAGACGAUUCAGACGGCCGUUCGCGAUGCGCAGACCCCCAUCGGAACAGCUGUGCUACUCUCGUGCCACCAAGCGCUCAUCCAGGACUACGGCUCGCUUUCAUCUCAGGAGAAGCUAGACUCGGGGCUCAGCCCCGACGAUUUCCCUCGCCCAGAGUCUAUCUUCGACCUCUCCUCGCGCUUUCCGCACAACGCCGUCGUGGCCAACGUCCACCUCUAUCUCAUCCAGCUCCUCCGUUACAUCGCCGCCACCGGCUCGCACGACCCCAGCGCUCCUCGUGCCAUGUCCAAGGGACUCUGCAUCAUUGGCUUUUCGACCGGCAUGGUCACAGCCUCCAUCAUAGCCUGUGCUGACACGAUCCCGGUCCUCAUUUCAUAUGCCACCCAAGGCUUCCGCCUCGCGUUCUGGAUUGGUCUCCGCGCCCAGCAAUACGCACAAAGUGCUCUCUCAGCUGUCCAGAUCGCAGAUGCUCCCUCGGCGUCAUGGACCCUGGUGGCGUUCGGCUCCACUCGCGCAGAGAUCCAGCGCGCCGUGGACAAUUACAACGCGGAACGAACAUUGCUCCCAAAUGUCUAUCUCACCGCGAUUACCACGGACAGCUGCGUCUCAAUCUCUGGACGCCCUGACGCUUUGGCGACUUUCAGGAACGCCUACCUUCCCGCAAGCUCCGUGCAGUCGCGCCUCUCCGCCAUCCACACCCUCUACCACACCCCAGCCCUCGCCGACGUGAAGGCCCAGGUCAUGCAGGACCUCGCCCGCGAGCACGUCCAGUUCCCAGACUACACUGCCCUCCGCUGCACGCUGCGCUCGACCGCCACCGGCGCCGUCAUACCUCCGACAGCCCGGAACGACGGCCGCACGCUCGCGGAAGACGUCGUGGACAUGACACUCCUGCACCCGGUCAACUUUGAUCGUGUCGUCGCCGGGAUCAGGGGCGAUGCCUCCGGUUCCGAUUCGGCGUCCAGCACCGCCGCCGCCGCCGCCGCCGCCACCACACUCGUGAAUCUCGGCCCUGGCAACAGUCUAUGGCGCAGCAUCGCGGGCGCGCUCCCGGACGGCCAAUGCACGAUGCGCGACUGGUCGUCUGCAGCGCACGCCGACGCGAUCCCGCCGACGCCCCUCCCGCUCGUGCCGAAGGCGACGCACGACCGGGCCGUGGCGCGCGAGCCCAUCGCCAUCGUUGGCAUGGCCGUCCAGUUUCCUGGUGCUGCCGACUCAGCGGGCCUGUGGGACGUCCUCGAGAAGGGCCUGAACGCUGUCUCAGAGCACUUGGGCCAGAUCCCCGCCGCGCGCUUCGACGUGUCCGCGUACGCCGCCGGCGCACACGGCGCGCAGCGCACGCUCAAGACGCGCUUUGGCAGCUUCCUCGACGACGCCGACGCGUUCGACCACGCCUUCUUCCGCGUCAGCCCCCGCGAGGCGCGCAGCAUGUGCCCGCAGCAGCGCGUGCUCCUCCACGCCGCGUACCACGCGCUCGAGGACGCAGGCUACGCUCCCAGCAGCGACCGCGGCGACGCGUCGGCGUUCGACCCUAGCACCUUUGGCGUGUACGUCGGUGCCGCGACGGACGAUUAUGUGCAGAACCUGAGGAACGACGUCGACGUGUACUACAGCACCGGCACGCUCCGCGCGUUCUUGAGCGGCAAGAUCUCGUACGCGUUCAAGUUCAGCGGGCCCUCUGUCGUCGUCGACACAGCCUGCUCGAGUUCGUCCGUCGCGCUCUACCAGGCGUGUCGCGCGCUCGCCCACGGCGACUGCAACGCCGCACUCGCCGGCGGCGUGAACAUCAUCACCAGUCCCGACAUGUACCUCGGCCUCGACCGCGCCCACUUCCUGAGCGGCACCGGCCAGUGCAAGCCGUGGGACGCCGCCGCGGACGGCUACUGCCGCGCCGAGGGCUGCGGGCUGUUCGUGCUCAAACGGCUGCGCGACGCGCUCGCCGAGAACGACCGCGUGCUCGGCGUCGUGCGCGCCGUCGAGGUCAACCAGUCCGCGCGCGCCGCCAGCAUCACGCAGCCGCACGUGCCGACGCAGGCGGACCUGUUCCGGAAGGCUGUCUCCGCGGCGAGCGUGGACCCCGCGCAGAUCGGCGUCGUCGAGGCGCACGGCACGGGCACGAAAGCGGGCGACCCCGCCGAGCUCGCCGCCAUCCGCACCGUCUUCGGCGGCAGCGGCACCGUGCAGCGCACGCACCCACUCUACGUCACCUCGCUCAAGGCGAACAUCGGCCACGCCGAGGCCGCCUCGGGCGCCGCGUCCCUCGCGAAGGUGCUGCUCAUGCUCCGCCACGCCGCGGUCCCGCCCGUCAUCUCGCUCAAACACCCGAGCGCGCCUGUCCGUGCGCUCCUCGCCGACAGCCAGAUGACGAUCCCCACGGCGCGCGUCGCGUGGGAGAAGCCGGAAGACGGGUCCCCGCGCCUCGCGCUGCUCAACAACUUCGGCGCAGCCGGCGCGAACGCGGCGCUCGUGCUCGCGGAGCACCAGGAAGGCGAAGCACGCUCCCGCGAGGGCGCGGCGCCCGCGUUCGUCGUCGGGCUCGCGUGCGAGAGCGAAGAGGCCCUCGAAACGCGGCGGCACGCGUACAUCAAGCACAUCGAGACGCGCGUUCACGACGCCCUGGACCUGACCGACGUCGCAUACACCGCGACAGCGCGCCGCCAGACGCACCGCGUGCGCCUUGCCGCCGCGGGCAAGACGAAGGACGAGGUGCUCGACGCGCUGCGGCGCGCGACGCCUGUGCACGCGUCCAGUACCACCACAGGGCGCACGGUGUUCGUCUUCUCAGGCCAAGGCGGGCAGUACGUCGGCAUGGGGCGCGUGCUGUACAGGACGUUACCGGCGCUUAGGCACGUUGUGGAUCGAUGCCAUGAGAGGCUCGUCGGGUGGGGGUACCCGGGGAUAUUGGAUGUCAUCGACCCGAGGGGAGAGGUUCAGGAGGAUUUCCGGGCGUUCCAGCAGGCGGUGUUUGUCAUUGAAUGCGCGCUCGCGGAGGUCUGGAAGGGCUGGGGUGUCAGGCCUGACGCGGUUGCUGGCCACAGCUUGGGAGAGUACGCGGCCCUCGUCGCGGCGGAGGUGCUCAGCCUCGACGAUGCGCUCAAGAUCGUCGCGGGGCGUGCGAGGCUCAUGGGCGAGAAGUGCGUGCCGGACGAGACGGGCAUGCUGGCAGUCAAGAUGUCGCCUGCUGAGCUUGUGCAUUACAUCAGUGGAAACCAAGAAUACCAUGGGCUGUCUGUCGCGUGCUAUAAUAGUUGCGAUGACGGCGUGGUUGCUGGCAGAAUUGCUCAGCUCGACAAGCUGCAGCCAGAGCUCAAGGCUUCUGGACGCAAGUGCGCGAGAGUAAACGUACCAUACGGCUACCAUACCGACGCCAUGAAGCCAAUCCUCGAUGACAUUACCGCCCUGGCUUCCACCGUCAAGCUCAAUGCUCCGUCCAUCCCCGUCAUAUCCAACGUCCACGGCACCGUCGUCGCCCCUGGCAACGCCUCAGUAUUCACCCCCGAGUACUUCGCCCGCCACUGCGGCGAGCCCGUCAAGUUCGAGCAGGGCAUUCACGACCUGUUGUCCAAGGACGCCUUCACGACGGUCUCGCUCUGGCUCGAGCUCGGCCCGCACCCGACGUCACUCCCGAUGCUGCGCGCGAUACCUGCGACGUCGCACCAAGCGCUGUACCUGCCGACGUUCAAGAAGAACAUCGACGACUGGCAGGUCAUCUGCAGCUCCCUCGCCAGCCUGUACACCAGUAAUACCACAGUUGAGUGGCGGAAAGUGUUCGCGGACCUAGCGCCGUCUGCGCGGCUGACCGAGCUGCCGGCGUAUCCGUUCGCGAAGACACGGUUCUGGGUCAAGUACGGGGAAGGGCCAGCCGCAGAGAAGAAGGCUGCUGAGGCUGCACCUGCCGCCAUCCCGCGCUUCUCUCUCCUCGGUUCAUGCGUGCAUGUCCCUGCGCCAGGGUCCUCCGAGCCGGCUCAGUUUGAGACGCCGAUUGACAGGAUCGCGUAUCUCAUCGAGGGCCAUCAGGUUGCCGGCCAUGCACUGUGCCCUGCGUCGGUGUUCAUCGAGAUGGCGAGUGCGGCGGCACAGCUUGUGCUCGAAGAGCAUAGGCGCUUCACCAGCGACUCAACGAUCUCGUUGUCCGAGAUCGCUUUCUCCAAUCCACUCGUGUACUUCCCGAACGUACCGAGGACCAUCCGUGUCGAGAUCACGCUGGCUGGUCCUGGAGACAAACACACUGGACGCUUCUCCAUAUCUUCCUCCGUUUCCGACUCUAAGAAGCCUCAAUCGCACUGCACCGGCUCUUUCACUCUCGCGUCCAAGGUCCAGACCAAGUCGAAGUUCAAUCUGGUCGCUACCACUGUCGACCGCCGAAGACAGAUCGUCACCGAGUCGAAGCAUGCCGAGACAUUCUCCACGCGCACCGCCUACGACCUCAUCUUCUCCCGCAUCGUCGCUUACAGCCCAGCCUACCAUACCAUGAAGUCGAUCACACUCGACCCGAAUGGCGUCGACGCCUACGCGGCUGUGCAGCUCCCACGGGAUACCAAGCCAGGAACGUUUGUCGCGCACCCGGUCUUCAUGGACACACUCCUGCACGCGGUCGGGUUCGUAGUUAAUUGCAACGCAGGCGCGAACGAGGCGUUCAUCUGCAGUCGGGUCGACAAGGUGAAGGCCAUUCCCGAGCUUGUCAAGACCGACGGGCGGUACGGAGUGUACUGCAAUAUUGGCUUCCUGUCGGAGAGCGUCGCGUCUGGUGAUGCGUACGCCUUGGACCUGGACAGUGAGGAGAUCGUUGCGACGAUGAAGCGGAUGGAGUUCAAGAAGCUGCGGCUAGGCGGGUUCGAAGCUGUCCUUGCUUCUGCCUCGACCCGGUCUGGCGUUCCUCGGCCCCCCUCUCUUACUAUCCAUCCCACUCGGCCCGCUCAUCAGUCCAAGCCUUCGACCUCGUCCACUGUCGUCUCUAUACCGCAAUCCUCGACGCUCGAGCAAGUGAAGGAAAUCAUCGCGUCCGUGCUUGGUGUGCCGAUGAAGGACGUAUCGGAGGGCCAGGACCUGGAGCGCCUUGGACUCGACUCGCUGACCUCGAUCGAGGCGCACCACGCGCUUUGUUCGACCCUCGGCAUGGCGCUCCCAGAGAAGCUCUUCGCGUCAUGCAAGACUGUCAGCGAUAUCUGUGCUGCCAUUUCUGUGCCUGUAUCGCUGCCUGCCGCCCCUUCUGGUGCUUCCACGCCGAGGACCUCGGAGGGUACACUGCACGAACACGACCACGUCGUCGACGUCGAUUGUGCGGCGACCCUUGUAAAAGGUUCAGGAGAUCGUGGCGUCGGUGCUUGGCGUGUCGGCGAAGGAGCUCAGUGA